AAGGCACUUAUGAGACCAAGCCAAGAUUUGUCAGCACUAAUUCUGCACUGAUCCCCCCCCCCUAAACAUCAAACAAGAUGGGGAAAAAGGAACAACAUGACAUGUUCUCGGUGGAGAUGGAGAGAGAUGGAGAUGAAGGAAUGGACGUCAAGAUCAAAAAGAAAAACAAGGCCAACAAGAAGAAAGAGAAGCUUGAGAGCAUGAAAAAAGAGAUGGACAUUAAUGACCAUGAGAUUACUAUCGAAGAGCUGGAGCAGAAGUACAAUACCAGUGUCUCCAAAGGACUAAAGAGUACUUUUGCUGCAGAAAUAAUACUCAGGGACGGUCCCAAUGAAUUGAAGCCGCCAAAAGGCACCCCUGAGUACAUCAAGUUUGCCCGGCAGUUGGCAGGGGGGCUUCAGUGCUUGAUGUGGGUGGCGGCUGUGAUCUGUCUCAUCGCUUUUGGAAUCGAGGAAUCCCAGGGAGACCUGACAAGUGCUGAUAAUCUGUAUUUGGCCAUAACUCUCAUUGCUGUUGUGGUUGUCACUGGAUGCUUUGGGUAUUACCAGGAAUUCAAGAGUACCAACAUUAUUGCCAGCUUCAAGAACCUCGUCCCACAGCAAGCUACUGUGGUGCGUGACGGAGAGAAAUUUCUGAUUAAUGCCAACCAGCUGGUGGUGGGAGAUCUGGUGGAGAUUAAGGGAGGCGACCGUGUUCCAGCUGAUAUCAGAAUUAUAACAAGUCAAGGAUGCAAGGUAGAUAAUUCCUCUCUGACAGGGGAGUCAGAGCCCCAGACUCGAUCCCCGGAAUAUACUCACGAGAGCCCCCUGGAGACAAGAAACAUUGCAUUCUUUUCCACCAUGUGCCUGGAGGGUACUGCCAUUGGAGUCAUUAUAAACACAGGAGACCGCACCAUCAUUGGACGAAUUGCAACCUUGGCAUCCGGUGUGGGAAAUGAGAAGACCCCCAUCGCUAUAGAGAUUGAGCACUUUGUGGACAUCAUCGCUGGACUCGCCAUAUUCUUCGGGGCCACCUUCUUUGUUGUUGCCAUGGUGAUCGGUUAUCCAUUCCUAAGGGCCAUGGUCUUCUUUAUGGCUAUUGUGGUAGCUUAUGUCCCUGAGGGUCUGCUGGCUACAGUCACGGUGUGUCUGUCACUGACUGCCAAGCGCCUGGCCAGAAAGAACUGCGUAGUCAAGAACCUGGAAGCUGUGGAGACCUUGGGUUCAACGUCUGUGAUCUGUUCGGACAAGACUGGGACUUUGACACAGAACCGGAUGACUGUCUCUCACUUGUGGUUUGACAACCACAUCCACUCAGCCGACACCACUGAAGAUCAAUCAGGUCAAAGUUUUGAUCAGACAUCAGAUACAUGGAGAGCCCUGAGCAAGGUUGUUAGUCUCUGCAACAGAGCCUUCUUCAAAUCCGGACAGGACGGAAUUCCAGUUCCAAAAAGGAUUGUCAUUGGCGACGCUUCUGAGACGGCUCUCGUGAAGUUCUCAGAGAUCACAGUCGGCAACGUCAUGGAGUACAGAGAACGAUUCAAGAAGGUGACAGAGGUGCCCUUCAACUCAACCAACAAAUUCCAACUGUCUAUUCACGAGCUGCAGGAUCCAUUAGAUCUCCGUUAUCUGAUGGUGAUGAAGGGAGCCCCAGAACGUAUCCUAGAACGAUGCUCUACCAUCAUGAUUAAAGGUCAAGAACUGCCUUUGGAUGAGCAGUGGAAGGAGGCUUUCCAGACAGCUUACAUGGAUUUGGGAGGCCUGGGAGAAAGAGUGCUGGGUUUUUGCCACCUGUACCUGAAUGAGAAAGAAUAUCCCAGAGGUUUUAACUUUGACACGGAAGAAAUGAAUUUUCCCACAAGCGGCUUGUGCUUUGCUGGAUUAAUUUCCAUGAUUGACCCACCACGUGCCACUGUGCCCGAUGCUGUCAUGAAGUGCCGGACUGCUGGAAUCAGGGUUAUCAUGGUUACUGGAGAUCAUCCAAUCACAGCCAAAGCCAUUGCUGCAAGUGUGGGCAUCAUCUCUGAGGGUAGCGAGACAGUGGAGGACAUUGCAGCCCGCCUGCGCAUUCCCGUGGAGCAAGUUAACAAGCGUGAUGCCCGUGCCUGUGUCAUCAAUGGUGGGCAGUUGAAGGAAAUGAGCAGUGAGGAGCUGGUAGAAGCUCUUAAGUUGCAUCCUGAGAUGGUGUUUGCCCGAACCUCCCCUCAACAGAAGCUCAUCAUUGUGGAGAGUUGCCAGAAACUGGGGGCCAUCGUGGCGGUCACUGGUGAUGGUGUCAACGACUCUCCUGCAUUAAAGAAAGCUGACAUUGGCGUGGCUAUGGGCAUUGCUGGAUCUGAUGCCGCCAAGAACGCAGCGGACAUGAUUCUGCUGGACGAUAACUUUGCAUCCAUUGUGACUGGGGUGGAACAAGGGCGUCUCAUCUUUGACAACCUUAAGAAAUCCAUUGCGUACACCCUGACCAAGAACAUUCCUGAACUGGCCCCAUAUCUCAUCUACAUCACAGCUAGUGUCCCUCUACCCUUGGGGUGCAUCACCAUCCUUUUCAUCGAGCUGUGCACAGACAUUUUCCCUUCAGUCUCCCUGGCCUAUGAGAGGGCAGAAAGUGACAUUAUGCACCUUAAACCAAGGAAUCCUCGCCGGGAUCGUCUUGUGAAUGAAGCUCUGGCUGUGUAUUCCUACUUCCAAAUUGGUAUCAUACAGUCCUUUGCCGGUUUUGUGGAUUAUUUUACUGUGAUGGCCCAAGAAGGCUGGUUCCCUGCAUACGUCCUGGGCCUUCGCUCUCACUGGGAAAAUCAGCAUUUACAGGAUCUGCAAGACAGUUAUGGACAAGAGUGGACCUUCAGCCAGCGUCUCUACCAGCAGUACAACUGUUACACUGUCUUCUUCAUCAGUAUUGAGAUUUGUCAGAUCUCAGAUGUCCUCAUCAGAAAAACCAGGCGUCUCUCUGUCUUCCAACAAGGAUUCUUUAGAAACAAAGUUUUGGUCAUCGCCAUCGUAUUCCAGUUGUGUCUUGGUAAUUUCCUUUGCUACUGUCCAGGGAUGCCCAACGUCUUCAACUUUAUGCCAAUUCGGUUCCAGUGGUGGCUCGUACCUCUUCCGUUUGGAAUCUUGAUCUUUGUUUAUGAUGAGAUCCGUAAACUCGGAGUACGCCGACACCCAGGAAGUUGGUUCGACAAGGAGAUGUAUUAUUAAACUUAUUUCUCCAACCUGUAGCUGCAUCUUCUCCCCUCUGCAAACUCACAGCCUCAUUCUCUUCCCCAGAAUUUAAAUGCACAUUUGUCCUAUGAGAUUUCAUUGUGCCAAGAAUAACAGAACCAAACAGUUUGAAUGAUCAACAAAUGUUCUGUAUAUAAAGGGGAAAAUUGAAUUACAGAUGGUACCAUCUGUGUGUUUCUCUAUAUUCUAUACUGUACAGAUUGGGCCUGCUGCUAUAGACUAAGCCUUAUUAUUAGCUAAUACAAGAGUCUUGAGAUAAUCAGUCCAGCCAGAGUCUGUUCAUAUAUUAAACCUUAAACAAAGCCCAGUUAGUGAUGCCGGGCAAGGAAACAGGACAGGAGCCCACACUCUUCAUAUAAUGUAUUAUUUGUGAACUGUCCAAUGGAUGUUAUGGAGCAAUACUAAUAAAUUAUUACAUGGAAA